GAAAGCGUCUCCCUCAUGGUUACGAGCAGAGUUAGCCAAACGGCUUCUGUUUAUCCUACAUCGUAUAUAUUUCUGCACAAUGGACAUUAAAAGUACAUCAGAUAUGUUCAGCGAUUGUUUCACAUGAAAUUACUUUGCUGAGUAAAUCCAUUCCUUAUGUGCAUAUUAUUUUGAUGCAAAUCAUAAUAAUACGUCAAUACUGUGGACAGGCAAUUCUUUGUGGACUCAAUGAACUCCAGAAAGUCUCAAAAGAUGGGUGAGAAUCUGGCAAGUGAAAGUGAUCUGCUGUCAAUGAUCAGCGAGUAUCUGAAGUUUGGUGAGUUUGAAGAGACAUUGAAAGUCUUCAAGCAGGAAGUCAGACGCAAAGGAAAACCUGCCCUCAAAACUCCAUCAUCCUCACCCCGAGACUCCAAAAGCAUCAUCAUUCACGAUGAUUUUGUCAGCUCAUUUAAUGAUGGAGACUACAAGGUGUUCUUUGAGCUGUGGGCUAAACAUUUUCCUCCAGAGAUCCGAGAUUUUGACCAAGUUGCCCAGAAACUUGAAUUCCACCUACAGAUUCAUUUCACCAUAUAUCCACUGAAGACACCUGUGGGAAAUCGCGAUAAAGCAGAGUUUGACAACAGGAUCCAUCAUUUCAAACAUUACCUGGAGACCAGAGGAGCAGCAUUGUGUCAGACCACAGAAUUCCUGCCGUUUUAUGCCCUGCCCUUUGUGCCCAAUCCCAUGCUGCAUCCGUCAUUCCAGGAGCUUUUCCAGAACUCCUGGAUGCCAGAGUUGAGGGAAAGGCUUGAGAAGUUUCUUUCAACAACGCUAAAAUCUUUGAACGCACCAAGGCUUCUGACAUUAUAUAGAGAAGGCGGAAAAGGCAACAAAGAGAUGAUUCAGCAAAUGCAACUCCAUCUGGCCGAGGCGGAAAGGAAAUCUGCUAGCUACAUGAGGAGAUUCGCUAAAAUGCAGGCCGACCAUCACAACCUCAUCGGAGUCACAGCCGAGCUGGUUGAUUCACUGGAGGCUACAGUCCAUGGAAAGAUGAUCUCCCCAGAGUACCUGCAGGGCAUGUGUGUGCGGCUCUUCAACGGUCACAUGAGACAAAGUGCUGCUCAGAGUAUAGACUUCACCAGACCCGGCACUGCAUCCUCAAUGCUGCGGGCAUCGGUGGCACCUCAGAGACCCAAAGAUGUGCCUUUGCUACCUCCUCUGGACUAUGAAAAGCUGAAGAAGGACUUAGUGAAUGGAUCGGAUAGACUAAAGGCUUUGUUGCUCCAGGCUUUACGCUGGAGGUUGACUCGAUCUCUUCAUGGUGAGCAAAGAGACACAGUACUUCAGGCUUUCCUUAGCAACGAUCUUCUGGAGCGCUACAGUACCAGACAGAAAACUGUCCUUCAUCUGAUAAAAUCCAAGAAUGAGAUUGUCAGACAGUAUAUGGCACGACUCAUCAGCACCUUUGCCUCUUUGUGUGGCGGGCGGAUGUACCUGUCUCAGAUCCCCUCUCUACUGAGGUUUCUGCUCGACUGUCUGAAGGCUGAAGAGAAAGAGUCUGUAACUCGAGAAAACGUACUGGCGGCACUGCAGAAACUCAGCCUCAGACGAGCACAACAGUCUUCUAUGAUCAGAGAUGGUCUGAUUGGCUGGUUGGUCAAAGAGCUCCGCGACUCUGACUGUCUGUCUGACUACACGCUAGAAUAUGCCAUCUCCCUUCUCAUGAACCUCUGCCUGCGCACUCAAGGUAAGAAAAAGUGCGCAGAAGAGGCCAAGCAUGCCCUGAAAGUUCUAACGGAGCUCCUGGGACAUGAGAACCAAGAGAUCCGGUACUAUGUAAAUGGAGCUCUGUACAGCAUCCUGUCUUUACCAGAGAUACGAGAGGAGGCGAAACAGAUGAGUAUGGAGGAGAUCUUGCGCUGUUACACUAAAGAAGAAAACCCUGAACUCAACAGGCAGAUUGAGUUCAUCAUCAAACAGCUUAACUCAGCGGACGUUCCUGAACAUGAAAUCGAGUCAGAUGAUGAAGAGGAUGAUGAUGAUGAUGAGGAGGACGUUAUGGAAGCAGAUCUGGAUAAAGAGGAAGUUUUGCAGCCUCAGCCGAAAGAACUUACUGGGGAGUCUUUACUGACAUCAGAGUAUUUAGGGAUUAUGACCAACAUGGUGAAGAUGAAAAGAAGAUCAUGUCCUUCAUCAUCUCGCAGCAUAGACGAACCCCUCCAGAGGCCCGUUACACCCAGUUCCCACAAAAACACCAUAGUUGGAGGAGACGGCGUCUACCCGCUCAGCAAACAGAGAAGUGAAGAUAGCCUUGCCCACUCGCGUUUCAGUUCCCAACCACCUACCUGCACUGGCAGCCGUCCCAGCACUGCUGAAUCCAUGCACCAAACACUGGAAACAGAUUCGGAAUGCUGGCGUUCCUCAGUGGAGUCAGGGCUUGCAGGGUCCCUGGAGAGACACUUCCCUCCGCCAGGCCAGGACGAAACCAACGGCCACUUGUACAGCGGGCAGACCAUGGGCUUUACAAGCCGGUCAAAGAUUCCUCGCACCCCUGACAGUGACGCAGGCAGCACUGGCAGGUCCCGUCUCUCCCUGCUCGCCCCCCAGUUCUCCAACAGUGAGCCGCAGCAGAGCAUAGGCAGGCCUGGUUCGGGCGGGGGCUCGAGCGGAGUGCCCAGCCAACAGAGCAGUCAGUCCCACAGGAAGUGAAAAGGGAACUUUUCAUCAGAAGGGGUCUAUCGCCAGAGGAGCAUCUAACUUCCUGUAACAGCAUCCAGCGUUCUUAUCAGGAUCAGGCCAACAGAGAUGACUGUGAGGCUGGUGGAACAAGGCUCAGGAUUGUGGCCCCCGAGGACUUUUCAACCCUGGCUGUAACACAACACGCUUUAGCAAUAAUCACAACAAGUACUUUCAUUAUGCCACAAGCCUCCAAACGCCUGGCGCUCUGCUUCUGCUUUGUUACUCUUGAAUCUCCACCACCCUCACUCACAGCGAGCAUAUUUAUUUCAAAACAUAGACGAAUGAAGCUUGUUUUCAGUGAAAGUAGAUGUAUAAUGCUUAUGAAUUGUAUUUGCACAUGUGAUGGGCAUUUUAGUGUUUUUUUCAGCUUUUGUGGGUUUUACCUUCAUAUAGGAGUGUUUUAACAUUUUAAUAAACAUAUUUAACCAUAAUUGUUUGGCAUGACGUGGUGUUAAUUUGAAGUAUUGUAGUUGUUGCUGUUUUAGGUUUCGUUUUGUGUUUUCAAAUAGUUUCGUAGUUAUGA